AUGUAUCAAAGUGCAUGUAAUGCGGCCGCGACAGGAUCAUGUUCGGAGCCGGAGCGCGAGCACCGCGAACGUGACGCACUAAUACCGCAGGAGCCCGCCACGGCCCCCAUUGAACCGGAUUACAGUGGAUUUGACAUAGUGAAGGCAACGCAGUAUGGGGCGAUAUCGCGGGUUAAGGAGCUGGUGGAGGCGGGAUGGGACGUGAACCAGCCAGACAGCGAAACGGUCACCCUACUGCAUUGGGCGGCCAUAAACAACAGGCGGGACAUCAUCAAGUACUUCCUUGAGAAGGGCGCGGUGGUGGAUGCGGUCGGGGGCGAGUUGAAUGCCACCCCACUGCACUGGGCGACACGGCAAGGACAUUUAGGUGCCGUUGUGCUGUUGAUGGCGGCUGGCGCCGACCCUAGCCUACGGGACGCCGAAGGUUGCUCGUGCAUUCACUUGGCAGCGCAGUUCGGCCACACGGCUCUUGUCGCCUACUUCAUCGCUCGCGGUGUAAAUCCCGACCUGCAGGACCGCGGUGGCAUGACGGCUCUAAUGUGGGCAUCGUGGAAAGUGUCUGCACUCGACCCGGUGCGUCUGCUCCUCACCCUUGGAGCGAACACCGCAUUAGUCGAUCACACUCAUGGAAAUACUGCGCUCCACUGGGCAAUCCUGGCCCGGAAUGCUACCGCGAUUAGCACACUAGUCAUUAAGGGUAAAUCUAGCCUAGACAUACCAAACCUGCGAGGCGACACCCCGCUAAGCAUGCUCCAAGCCCAGGCCGGGGCGAUUUGGAUCAGCCAGAAAGUGGCCGACCGGGUUCGCGAUCUUAGCCAGACCUCUCAACGGCGAAACUUCUUCAAACGUAUGACGAGUGAUAGUCGAGUGCGCUGGUGGACGAUGGCUGCGUUACCGUUCCUAGCUUUCUACCUCGCCGGCCUUAUUUUCUCCGCAAAUACAUUGUUCAUCAUAAAAUUCUUCCUGCUCGGUUGCCUGUACGCGGUCACUCAAUUCAUCGGACGAAGCCUGUUUGACGAGCACUUGAUGGCCCUUCUGCCUCUCAGCGUGUAUUUGGCCACAAAAUUGUGGUUCUAUGUCACGUGGUUGGUGUAUAUUGUGAGCGCCGUUUCGGCUGUCACGACUGUUGCUUUUCUCGUGUCUUCGAUUCUGCUGUGGAUAUGUUUUUUGAAAUCAUGGCGUGGCGAUCCAGGCGUAAUUCGGCCUACUCAAGAACAACGAUUUAGGACUAUAGUGGAACUUUCAGAACGUGGUGGUAGCGGCUUUGAUCCGUCGUCCUUCUGCUCAGCAUGCCUCGUUCGGCGGCCGAUUCGUUCAAAGCACUGUUCCGUAUGUGAUCGGUGUGUGGCGCGCUUUGAUCAUCAUUGCCCGUGGGUCGGCAACUGCAUUGGCGUUAAUAAUCACAAAUACUUUAUGGGCUUUCUGUGGUGUUUGUUGCUCAUGUGCUCGUGGAUGCUCUACGGCGGGGGGAAUUACUAUGUGCAUGCCUGCAAUAUGACCUUAGAUGAUAAUUUUUGGAAUACAUUAAACGCAAUUGGAAGCUGCAAUCCAUGGAUCGGGUGGGUUAUGGCUAACGCCUUACUUCAUAUGUCCUGGGUGACGAUACUGACCGCAUGUCAAACGUAUCAAGUGAUAUGCUUGGGCAUGACAACAAAUGAACGUAUGAAUCGAGGACGAUACCGACAUUUCCAGGCAAAAGGUGGCAAAAGUCCCUUUACGCGUGGUCCAUUCCAUAAUCUUAUUGAUUUUCUGGAGUGUUCAUGUUUUGGAUUAUUUAAACCGCAAAAGAUUGAUUGGAUGCAAUUUUUUGAUUUCGAAAAGAGCAUUGAACAUGAACCACUACUACGAGCAACCGAUAAUUAUCAGUAUGUAUAGGACGAAAAGAUAAGUAGGGAGAGUAGGCAAGAACCGAAGGUAGAGGUAAAUUGAUGCUAAGUCAGAGGCAACGAGAUGUUUUUGUUUGUUUUCAAGCCAAUGAAGUUUAGGUUUUAUAUACGUUAAGCAUAAUAUAUACAGAAUUGAUUGAUAAUAAUAUAACUUAAUUAUCAUAAGAGUCACAGGCAUGCAUUUUUCGUUGCUGAACUAAGUUGUAUUUAUUAUACGUAUUUUUAGCGAUAAAGUAUGUUUCCGCUCAGCGAAAAGGAUCAAGCAGAGCAUUUCCCGUGUAUUAAUAAGAAUUAAUAAUUUCAAUAUACUUUCUUUUUCUUGAUUGCAAAAUUGUCAUUUCGUCUGACAUUUGAAACGUCUCUGUUUCUAGAGAAAUUUAGCCUUAAAAGAACCCACUUGAAAUAUUGUGAUGAGAGGCUUGCAUGGGAGUCUUUGAACCCACAUUUAAAAUGUCAGUGAUAAAAAAAUGUUGAAUUUCAUGCUGCAUUCAUAAAUAGAGACCUCAAUGGCUAGUAUAGAUUGCAAAUCAUUGUUUUCUUAGAUAAAUGAUAGCAAAGUUCUAGCGAACUAAAGUCUUAACAGUACAAAUGAAACGCUUCCAAUCGUCGCAGCUUGUCAGACAUUGAAUUCAUUUCACUCUCCUCACUGUCCACUGCUUCUCUAGUGGGUCACCAGGUUUAUUGGGCGCAACUUUAAUAUAAGGCCUACAAAUAAGUUCUGUCGGUUUUUUUUUAAAUUUGAAGCUUUAUUGCGAAAAAUUGGUUAUACAUUCAUUGUUCAAAGUAUUGCCCAUCGCUAGCCACAUCUUUCAGGCAAUUCAU